UUGGGCUAUGGUUAGACAUCUUUAGACUUUCACUGGCAGCCCAAAUUUAGCCUUGUUUUAGCCAAAAUUGGUUGCUUGGUUUGCUCUUGCACAACAUGCACAAAUCUACAUCUGUGCACCAUGCACCUUUUAGGACAACAGGAAAUAUUGUAUAUGAAAAGAGUAACACGCUGUCUGCCAAAAAUGCAGAGAACAUUUUACUGGUAAGCAUCAAGAUGAGUUUCUAAGAUUUUUAACUGUUUUUAAAGGAAGGAAGAUAGGCUAUACAGUAUUAAACAACAAAUGUCUUACCAACAAUUAACCCUGUAAUCAUUUGAACCAUAACUUUUGUUUCUUAAGCAAGCUCAAAUUUUGCUAAAAAUCCCCUUUUUUUCACUUAUUUCAGCUACUGAGCAUAUGCUUAGAUUCUCAAGCCCCUCCCACAGAGAAUCAUCAGUUGUUUUCGAUUGAUGAUUGGGUUCUGGAAGGUGGGACUAAAUGUUCUCUCACUUGGCUGGCUUUCAAUUUGCUUGUGCAGGAUCUGGUCAGACGAAGUGAAAAUAAAAAAGAAGUAAGUAAAUGAUAAACAACAUAAUUUUGACCUGAAGCUAUGGAUUUGUUACUUCAUUUACUUUUCCAAGGUGUUCUGCUGUAUGAGACUCUGGCAUGGGAAGUGAGAAUGCCAAAGGAAAUUCAUGGCCUCAGUGGAUCCUGUCUGGUUAUACCGUGCUCUUACUCUUACACUUCAUACCCACCAACUUACACACGUAGAGUUGUGUGGUAUCAGUGGGUGUCGAGUGGCUACCCUAUAGUCUGUGAUCCCUUGUAUCCAGACUAUGUCAUUGACGAGUUCAAAGGAAAAACUUAUAUAUAUAGGCCUACAAACUCAGAUUGGGAUUGUAGUCUGCUGAUCAAAAGCGUGGAUCCGUCUCACAAUGAAGAAAAAUUAUAUGCAUGGAUUGACCCAGAAAAUAUUGGAUGGCGCACCUAUGAGUUUUAUGACGUGACCUCCACGAUUUUUGUUGACACAGAUCCAAGGCAGCCCACUAUCAAUAUUUAUGGAGGUGCAACAACUGGUGACAGCAUUACAGUUGCAUGUUUUACCUACCACACCUGUCCAUACAGCAAACCAAACAUCAUUCUGAAGGGUAUUGAAGGAUCUGAUAAAAUAGAUGAUUUCCAUAUUGAAAACGGUCUGUGGAAAAUCGCAUUGACACGCACCGGUGUUGUGAAGGAUGAGCAGUCAGAUAUUGAGUGUACUGUAACACAUCAUGGAGGCAUAACAACAAGAGCUACAAAAACCAUGAACAUUAAAGCUACAAAAAGCACAACUGCAGUCUCCAUUUCCCAAAAUGGAACUGAUGUGAUGACCUUUGACACGAAGACAAAUAUGGCUUACAUUCUAUCGCCUAUAUUUGUCUUGCUUGUCAUUUGCAUACUUGCUGGAGUCAUCAUAUACAAGAAGUGUAACAGGUCUUCACCUAAUGAUACGCAAGAAUCACAGACUAAACAAAGGUCAAAGGAUGCACAUGCAGUAUCAGAAAACAAUCCCUCCUCUAACACUUAUAUGCCAUCACCAAAAAGUGAGCAAAAAUACUACACUAAUGAGAAUGAGGAGUUUUACAGCAACGUUGAAGAUCUCAACAAUUAUGAAAAUGCAUAAUGAAUAUAUCUCCAAAAUUUACUCAAUACAGUGUUUUUAUACAGAUAAAGCCAACAGUUGUCAACAUUUAACCAUUGUUAUGGGUACUUUUUAUGUUAAAUGCAUUAUUAAUUUGGUUUGGUAUCUGUAUCUCUGUUUGGCUUCAAUGGGCAAGUUCGCUAAGCAAACAGUUUUUUUAUGUAUAGAAAUAUCAACGUAAACAUAAAAUAUUGUAAUUCUGUUUUAACUGAGAAUUACAUUUAAAUAACCAUACACUUAAAGGUAUAGCGGAAGAUUUUCUUUUUCCAGGUGGAUCACCAAGACUAUUGGUCAUCCCAGUUGUCAAUCAUUCUGGUGAUAUGUUGACGUAAGGCCGUCGUACGUGCUUGUCCCUAGGUUCGCUUUCUGCACAUGUGCACUUUCAGGUGUAUAUGUGUGGUGGGCUACGGUUUCAGCCAUUCAUUGAAGCUCGCAUUCUCAUCGUGUUUUUUCAAAAUGUCUUAGGGUUGCAAGAGAAAAGGUGUCUUAAGAAUUGUAUGACAAGAAGAGAAAUGCAUAUGAAGAAAGAAACAAGACCAGAGUAUUUUUUGGAGAAUAUUUUACACAGGUUGGGCUUCCCACUGAGGCCUAAGUUGCGAAGUUUCUACUCGACAGGUAAGUUUGGCAUGCUAUUUGGAGGAAUCCAUUUAAAAUCACUGCUAGUAAAAGUUGAUGUAAGCUAUGAUUAGCGAUGCUAGCCCUGGCACAAGUCACGAACCGCGCAGACACGGUAAACAUCUCAAUGUAUGAGCCAUUCCGACAGCAACUUGUACAGUAAACAGAGCGAAGAGAAGAGGCUUGUGCAUGCUCUCUCUCAUGCAUGCGUUUAAUAGGCAUUCCCUCUCUGGAGCAGGUAGAGUGUUGCGCACGUGUAUUUUUUUUAAAUAAAGUGGAGGGGCGGUUCUUUUUAAAAAAUUCAGGAAAAUAUUCCGCUAUACUUUUAAAAAUUAAAAAUGUUAAACACAUUAAGGUUCUACCCAAUGUCAUAGAAGUACCAUAUGUAAACCUUUCUGUUACUUUGAAAUGGACAAAGAUAUUUAAACUGUUAAAAAAGGUUUAAAUGUUUAUUUUAAAGGUUUUUCGGAGGAUUUUCUUUUUCUGGGUGGAUCAUCAAGACUAUUGGUCCUCCUAGUUGUCAAUCAGGAGUGUUGCGCUAUUGCAUUUUUUUAAAAAAGCGGAGAAGGCGGUUAUUUUCUAAAAUUCAAGAAAUCCUCCGCUACACCUUUAAGAACUUUACUUUACAUAAUGUAAUAGUAUGACAAAUAUGUAAAUAUUGUGCUUUUGGUGGCUUCAUUAAUUGGAAAUUAAAUAACAAUAUUGAAACAAUAAUGAGACAUAUUUUAUUAUUUAUAUAAAUCAUAAUGUCAAUAAACAAUAAACUGAAAUUACAGAUGUUUUAGUUGGGUUUUUUUGUCAGUGGGGAUAAUUUCUGCGGGGAUAAUUUUAGUAGCUUUUACCUUUCAGUGCUC